GUACGCUUUUCUGGCAGUGGCAAACUGGCAAGUGCAGGCAAGUGGCAUGAGCGGCGUGAGCUGCAUGAGGAUUUUCAUUUUAUCUCUGUUAAAGUGUUCCGUUUCGAAUUAAGGAUUAAAAUGAAUGUAUUCGUGAGAGAAGCGUUGCGUUUCAAAUUAAUCACGACAUGUCAUCGACUUUUACAUACCGAAACUAAAUGCCAACCGGAGUGGCUGAAACCAGUCGGAUACGAAACGAAUAUUAUGAUUUAUAACCCUUGCAAAGUGCCAUUGAUUUUGAAAAAUAAAAAUAUAUUGACUUGGUAUGCAUGUGGUCCGACUGUGUACGAUUCGGCACAUAUUGGCCAUGCAAUAACUAAUGUGCAUUCAGACAUUAUCAGAAGGAUACUAACAAACCAUUUUGACAUAAACACUGUAAUGGCAAUGAGCAUAACUGACAUUGACGAGAAAAUAAUAAAACGCUCGAGAGAGUUGAAACAAGAUUGUAAGGAUUUAGCAAAAUAUUAUGAGAAUGAAUUCCUCGAAGAUAUGAAGAUGUUAAAUGUGCUUCAGCCUCAUUUAUACUGCAGAGUUACUAGUUACAUACCACAAAUUGUUCAGUUCAUAAAGAAUAUUAUAGACAAAGGCAAUGCAUAUGUUUCCAAAGGUGGAUCUGUAUAUUUCGAUACAUGUAAGUACGGAAUGUAUGGUAAAUUAACAAAUCCAUCAUCAGUUGAGAAAAGUCAUCCAUACAAAAAAUCUCCAAUGGACUUCUGCCUUUGGAGAGCACAUAAAGAGAAUGAACCAUUCUGGGAAUCUCCAUGGGGCCGUGGAAGGCCAGGAUGGCAUAUAGAAUGUAGUACAAUUGCUAGCGCAGUUUUUGGAAGUUGCAUAGAUAUUCAUAGUGGAGGAGUGGAUCUUAUUUUUCCGCAUCACGAAAACGAGGAAGCGCAAUCAUGUUCUUACCAUGAAGUGAAACAAUGGGUAAACUAUUGGCUGCACUGUGGGCACUUGUUUUUAGAUGAAGAAAAGAUGUCGAAAAGUCUUAAAAAUACGAUUAGUAUAAGAGAAUUCCUUGAAAAGUACACGGCAAACCAUUUUAGAAUCCUCUGUCUAAUUUCCCAUUAUAGAACAGGACUCAAGUUCUCCGAUGCUGUUAUGAAUAAUGCAACGGGUACAUUAAACAAGAUCGAACACUUCAUGAACGACUGUGAUAAUUAUAUUGCUGGAAGAUGGAGUUUGGGCAAUGUGGAUGAAGUUAAAUUACUUCAAUGUUUAGAAGAGACGAAAAGUACUGUCAAUACCGCGUUAGCAGACGAUUUUAACACUCCACAGGCCAUGAGGUCAUUGCUGAAGCUAAUCGAUGUAGGAAACAGUAUGUUACAUGAUUCUCAGAAGAGCGCGAGUACUUCUAUACCUGCCGUAGCUGCAGUAUUAAAUUAUGUGUCAACGACAUUUUCAAAUUUUGGUGUCUCAAAUUCAACAAAUGCAGCCGAUCACAUGAUAAACAGUAUCGUCGAAAGUUUUGUCAAAUUCCGACGUACUGUUCGUACCAGAGCUAUAGAACAAGAUGUGAAAGAUAAAGCGUUGUUCAACGCAUGCGACCAAGCACGAACAGACCUCUUAACUUGCGGAGUAACAAUCAAGGAUUACAAAACUGAGACCAUUUGGAGUAUAAAAAAAUACUAAAAUCAACAAAUGCUUUUAUACUGUAAAUAAAUGAUUUUUAAUAAAAA